AUGCAGGAGGAACGCAUAAUCGUUACUGUAGCUUCCGUCUGUUCGAUUUUGGCCAUCGGAGUUUCUGUAAUUGGGCUGUCGUCGCUGUACAAUGAGAUCAAUGAAGUUCACGAUCAGGUUAUCGACGCAGUAGCUGUAUUUCGUGUUGAGACCGACUCCGCAUGGACUGACAUUAUGGAUGCACAAAUCACCGUCACACCACCGUCGAAACCACGAGUGAAUCCAUUCAGCUCGGUAUUCCGGCAAAAAAGGCAGGAUUUCUCCGGUCUUCCUUCGUAUUGCCAAUGUGUGCCAAAACGCCCAGUCUGUCCACCUGGACCUGCUGGGCCUCCGGGACCGCCAGGCUCUAAUGGAAUGCCCGGACCACCUGGUAGUCCUGGCCCGGACAACACACAGGUAUUCAAUCCGAUCAACUGUGGUUCAGUCGGCAAUGACUGCGUCAUAUGUCCUCCAGGAGCAGUGGGACAGCCCGGUCCGCCUGGAGCUCCCGGUUCUCCAGGACCAAACGGACAACCUGGGGGUGCGGGCCAACGCUCGAACGAUGGACCGCGAGGACCUCCGGGGCCACCAGGAGACGCAGGUUCUCCUGGACGUCCAGGUGGUCCAGGAAAUCCUGGACAACCUGGACGCGAUGGAUCACGUGGCGGACAAGGGCAGCCGGGACCGAAAGGACCUAAUGGUCAGCCAGGAACGCAAGGUAAGCCGGGUGGACCUGGCCAGCCUGGAAACCCCGGCUCACAGGGACCUCCUGGGCCCAUGGGUGGUCCAGGAGUACCCGGAAGACCUGGAAGUCCUGGGAAUCCCGGCGGCGGCGGCAAUCCUUCACCACCGGGUAACGAUGCAGCCUACUGCCCUUGCCCAGCGCGUAGUAUUCUGGCUAAACGUUCUUAA